GAAGUGGUGUAGAAGAGGUGAGCCCGCACUGCCGAGAAGUCGUGCGGCGCGGUGGAGAGGGUGCCAGCUAUGACGCGUUUCGCUCUCACCUUUGUCCGGCAUGGACAAACAAGAUUAAACAAGGAGAAGAUAAUUCAAGGACAAGGAGUAGAUGAGCCUCUUUCAGAGACUGGAUUUAAACAAGUAGCAGCUGCUGGUAUAUUUCUUAAUAAUGUGAAGUUUACACAUGUUUUCUCCAGUGAUCUCACUAGGACAAAGCAGACUGUGCACGGGAUUUUGGAGAACAGCAAAUUUUGCCAGGAUAUGACAGUGACAUAUGAUUCAAGACUUCGAGAAAGAAAAUAUGGGGUUGCAGAAGGCCAAGGGGUAGCUGAGCUCAGGGCAAUGGCCAAAGCAGCUGGGGAAGAGUGUCCGCUGUUCACACCAUCUGGAGGAGAGACCUUGGACCAGGUGAAGAUGCGUGGGAUAGACUUUUUUGAAUUUCUUUGUCAGCUGAUCCUGAAGGAGGCAGGUCAGAAAGAAUCGUGUUCCUCAGGAACUUCAGCCAACUGUCUGGAAACUUCUUUGGCAGAGAUAUUCUCCUUAGGAGAAAACUGUGCCUCCAAAUUUAAUUCAGACAGUGAAGCUCCAGAAUUAGUAGCCAGUGUCUUAGUUGUGAGUCAUGGUGCGUACAUGAAAAGCCUGUUCGAUUAUUUCCUGACUGACCUUGAGUGUUCCCUACCAGCAACUCAGAGCAAAUCUGAAUUUGUAUCAGUCAGUCCCAAUACAGGGAUUAGUGUCUUUAUCAUAAACAUUGAGAAAGGAAGAGAAGUUAAACCAACAAUUCAGUGCGUUUGUAUGAACCUACAGGAUCAUCUAAAUGGAGUCACUGAAACUUGCUAAAUUUAAAUCUGCAUCAAAAUCUAACAAUUUUGAGCCUCUGAGGGAGGGAGUGCCUUUGACUUUAUUUCCAUCCUCUGCUAUCUCUGAACUGAACACAAAGCUGUCUAUUGCAGCACGGUUUAAAGCUCGAAUGAUUUCCAUCCUCUGCUAUCUCUGAACUGAACACGGUUACAAAGCUGUCUAUUGCAGCAGGGUUUAAAGCUCGAAUGAUUUCCAUCCUCUGCUAUCUCUGAACUGAACAUGGUUACAAAGCUGUCUAUUGCAGCACGGUUUAAAGCUCGAAUGAUUUCCAUCCUCUGCUAUCUCUGAACUGAACACGGUUACAAAGCUGUCUAUUGCAGCACGGUUUAAAGCUCGAAUGGAGUCGUAGCCACGUAAAACACUAAUGGAAAACCGUUUAGAAUUCACUUUUGUCUGAAUACAGUUGACAUUUUCCAAAGAAUGUUUACCACCCUGCUUGGCUAUAUCUCUGGAUUGUAAAUGAAUGAAGGAACUGAGUAUUUCAAAUUGGGGGAUUAAUAACCUGGUUACUUUGUGUUUUUUCCUUUUUAAAAAAAAAUGUCGAUAUUUUUCUUUAGAAUGUCUGAAAAAGCCUAGUUUCUUCCAUUGGCUCUUGAUAAGAUACUGUAUGUUUCAUACUACCUCCAUCCAGUGCUUGGAAGAAGGGACUGUUUGUAGUUCCCCCGCAUAUUUAUAGUGCCAAUGUUGUAUUUUAAAAGUCCUUUACCACCCUUAGUUUAUAUAAAGCAGAAUGACACUAAUUUUUAAUAUAGAAGUCAACUGUUAGAAUUGAGCACUCUAGAAGGUUUGAAAUGUCGAUGAUGCAGAUUAGGAUUGCAGAGUGGUCUGGUGAGGAAGAAGCAAAAGCAUCUCUUGAUUUAAAAACAGUAAAAAGGAAUCUGAGCAGGAAAAGAGAAAGCUCUUUCCUAUCUACUCUGUAGGCUGAAGAGUUUAGUUUGAGGAAGGCGCUAAAGAAAGCAAACAGUUACCAGUGUACUGCCUCGUAACCUCAGAAUAAAAGUGGGUGCUUCAUUUAAAUAGUUUUAUUGGUUUAUUCUCACCAGAGGACAUUUUUGCAUUUGUCUUGAGACA